ACGAAUCGGCAAAAACAACAGGCGAGGGUAUUCUUCGGUAUCCUGAAAGCCACUGAAAGGACAUCGCCCUGUUGCCCGGGGCAACCAACGACACAUUAGGGAUUUUUAUGGGUACCAGCAAACCUUCGGCGAACCUCCUUGACGGAGUAACCGUGCGAAUACUAAACCCAGAGGACCUGGAGUCGCUCCCUCGUUUCUGGAUCCAAGAUGUUGGCAUUCCUAUAGAAUUGAGGUUUAUAAAAAGGUGGUAUGCGUCAGACCCCGAAGGGUUUCGAGUAGCGGUAGAUAGUAGGGACCGCAUUAUCGGUAUGGCGAGUAUCAUGAAACAGACAGACCAACUUUACGUAAUGGGUUAUAUGGGCGUAGCAAAACGCUACCGAGGUAAAGGAGUUGGUAGAAUGCUUCUUGAUAAUCUACUUGCUCGGAGCCAACCUGCCAAUUGUGCUCUUAGCGCGAGCGAAGAUAAGCUCGACAUGUAUAUUCGACGAGGAUUCAAAAAGGUCGAGAACCUUAGUGGUUAUUCUUAUAUUGGAAAGCUUAACAUCGUAAAAAAUCAGCCACCUCUUCCGCUUGACCUGGACAUCGUUCAUGUGAAGCCAGGAGAUGCGUUGUUGGCCGAAGUGACUGCGUAUGACGCAACCGUUUGUGGAUUUCAACGAAAUGUUGAACUAAUUCAGUUUACCGAGCCUACCAGCAUUGUAUUAGCAGUUAAGCGACAGGGCAAAGUUGUAGCGUACGGUAAGGUACAAAAGUAUAUGCUUGGAGGAAUUUGGUUAGGGCCAGUUUACGGCGACGAGAUGUAUAUUGCGUCCCAUUUAAUUGAGGCGCUUAUGCGACAAUUUGAAAAAGAUCGCUCCCCUUUCGUAUUUGCGAUUUUCAGUGCAAAAGCCCAACCCAUUGCUAAGUCGCUUAAUCUGAAACUGGUGGAUAAACUUAGAAGAUGCUAUUUGGAUACAUCGCCUGAAAAUUUGCCACCUGUCAAGAUGGAGAACGUCUAUGCUUUUGACGAUGUCGGGUUUACAUUUCUGUAAACUUCUCGCAAUUAUAGAUUCUGCAUGAAGAACUACUAUGAAACGUCUAGUGAUCUUGUGCGUCACCGACGUCGUUUUCACGUAGGUGGCAGUUGCGUAGUUUGAAAAAAUAGAUAACGUGAAAUGUUUGUUAC